UUCCAAUAGCCCAAGCAGCAAAUCCAGCGUCUCCCUUAUCGUCGCCGACGCUUUCUCUCGCCCAAAACCCUCGACAAAAAUCUCUUUUUUCUCUCCCACCAAUCUCAAUCGAAGAUCGAGAGAUGGAGCUCUGUUCUCCCCUCCAUAGCCUCUUCUCCGUCGACCUCUCCUUCUCUGCCGCCAUUUCUCAUCUCCCCCUCCAUUCCUACGUCAAAUCCUCCCAAUCCCGCCGCCCGAAUCCCCGUCGUCGGGCUCUCGCCGUCGCCAGCACGCCCCCACCGGAAGCUCCACCAAACAGCCCCCAGCGCCUCCUCCGUGAGCUCGCCGAGCGCAAGAAGGUCGCUUUCCCCAAGAAGAAGGUCCCUCCGCGCCGCUUCAUCCUCAAACCGCCCCUCGAUGAUGCUAAGCUCGCCCAGCGCUUUCUCAAUAGCCCUCAGUUGUCCCUCAAGUCCCUGCCACUUCUGAGCUCCUGCCUUCCUUCCGCCCGCCUCAACAACGCCGACCAGACCUGGAUAGACGAGUACCUCCUUGAGGCCAAGCAGGCCCUGGGGUACCCCCUCGAGCCGUUCGACCAACUCGACGAUGGGAAUCCAGCCAAGCAGUUCGACACACUCUUGUACCUAGCGUUUCAGCAUCCGGCGCCAGACUGCCAGCGCGCCAAUGCCAAGCACGUCAGGAACGGGCACUCCAGACUCAGCUUCCUAGGGCAGUACGUGCUUGAGCUUGCGUUCGCUGAGUAUUUCCUGCAGCGUUAUCCACGAGAGUCGCCUGCGCCAAUGAGGGAGAGGGUUUUCGAGCUGAUAGGAAAGAGGAAUCUGCCCAAAUGGAUCAAAGCAGCCAGUUUGCACAACCUGGUGUUUCCUUAUGAUGAGAUGGAUAAGAUGAUUCGCAAGGACAGGGAGCCUCCAGCGAAGUCUGUAUUUUGGGCAUUGUUUGGAGCCAUAUAUUUGUGCUUUGGUAUGCCUGAAGUAUAUCGUGUACUAUUUGAGGCAUUCGGAAUGGACCCAGAAGAUGAAAACUGUCAACCAAAGUUGAGACGGCAAUUGGAAGAUGUUGAUUAUGUCUCGGUGGAGUUUGAGAACAGACAAAUUACCUGGCAAGAUAUGGCUGCAUACAAGCCUCCACAAGAUGCUCUUUUUGCUCAUCCAAGGCUUUUUAGAGCAUGUGUACCACCAGGUAUGCAUAGAUUUCGAGGGAAUAUCUGGGACUUUGAUAGUAGUCGUAAAGUCAUGGAAGCGUUGAGGUACCCUUUGCCAAUGAAUGAUCGAAUUCCAGAAAUCACUGAGGCAAGGAAUAUUGAACUUGGCCUUGGUCUUCAGUUGGCAUUUUUACACCCAUCGAAAUACAAGUUUGAGCAUCCUAGAUUUUGUUUCGAACGGUUGGAAUAUGUUGGGCAAAAGAUCCAGGAUCUCGUGAUGGCUGAAAGGUUGCUAAUGAAGCAUCUUGAUGCCCCCGGAAGAUGGCUACAAGAAAAGCACCGGCGCACCUUGAUGAACAAGUUCUGUGGCCGAUACUUGAGGGAUAAGAACCUUCAUCAUUUCAUCAUUUACGGGGAGUCAGUUCAAGACAGGUUUGAGUACAACCGGAGGCUGAGAAACCCCGCCACGACUGCAGUCCAGCAAGCCAUACAUGGGCUUGCAUACACUGUCUACGGCAAACCGGACGUGAGGCGCUUGAUGUUUCAAGUGUUUGAUUUUGAGCAAAUCCAGCCAAAGGCUGUGUGAAUACAGGCAUACCGGUUUUUUAUGAUUGCAUUGUCGCAUCUUCAUAAUGAGCCUUCAAAAUCGUGAGCAAGAAUAGUCGAUAUGAUUGCCAAAGGCUUUGAAGGUUAGCAUUCGUCAAGUAGACAUCGACAAAGGUGUGCCCGCAAGUCUGCAUAAGAAUUCGGCCGCGUGCUCUGGCUUAGAAACUAAUGGCUUUUUCUGUUGCAUGGAUGUGAAUUGGCACAUGAAGCUUAGGGAGAAUUCUAGAAUUAGUUUGUUCCUGUAUACUUCUGGGGGCUCGAACAAAAAUUCAUAUCGAAAUUUAUUUGAGUAUUUAUUUCAAAACCAAUUUCUGCUC